UGGCGCCACUCUAAUUGAAUGCAUUUCAACAGACACUUUUCAUAUACAGAGAUGUUACUCCUUAACCUCUACCUUCCAUAGACAAAACCAACGUGUGCAACUUAAUCUUGUUUUGUUAUUUUCUUGAGAACAAAUUGUUAACAUCGUUACAAAUGAAUAUGGAUGAUGUUAAUGCAACGAAAUCCAAUUGCAAUGAAAAGAUACGUUUAUAUUGUUUGAAUAGUAAGGUAUUGUUAAUUAUGGAAGAAAAGAGUAGUUUCUGUUUUAAUGGCAAAUUAUCUAUAAGUGUAUUGUAUGGUGCAAUAGAAGUUUAUGGAUCUCAUAUUACCAGUGCUAAUUCUCCGAUAUCUGUAUAUUCUCCUAGAGGAUACAGUCUCAUACCUGUAGAAACCAGUCAAAAAUUUUUACUUUCACACAACAAAGAUAUAUGGACAUAUUUGUCACAGGAAGGUAUUACUGCUGAUAUUCAAAAUUUAUUAAAAACAGAUAUCGAUCAAUGCAAACCGGGUAUGUCGAUAGUGAUAUUAAUGAAUUUGGAGAACAAUCUAACUGAAUUUGUAAGCUCAUACUUUCCCAAAAAAUUAUUUCCCAAAGUAAGAAAUGUCAACAAUUAUUCUUGGACUGAUAUAAGAAGAGCAGAAAUGAUAGUACAGUCUAAUCUUUAUUUCGGUGAUGAUUAUUAUAAAAAAUUGGUAAUCGAUCCAACCAUAACAGGAAAACUUGCUGAACAAAUCUUAAAUCGUUGGCAUUCCCAGGAUUGGUCUUGUACACUUUUAGCCGGUGGUAAAAACGUUGGCAAAUCAACUACAGCACGUUAUUUAAUAAACACCAUAUUACAAACUUCUAAGAUGGUUGUUCUGGUGGAUGUUGAUCCUGGUCAAAAUGAAUGUACACCUCCGGAAAGUAUAUCAUAUACUUUGAUCGAUGAACCAUUAGCUGGGCCUAAUUUUACACAUUUAAAACAACCGACAAAUCAGUUGUACAUAGGAGGUGUUGAUGUUUCUAGAUGUAUAACGAGAUACACUGAAGGCCUUAAAUUGUUAGCAAAUAAAUUGUUAAGUUGUCCAGUCAUGUCACGUUUACCAAUUGUUAUAAAUACAAUGGGUUUUACCUAUGGUAUAGGAUGGGAUAUCAUAGUAUUUACAAUCAAACUUUUCCGGCCUUCUUUCGUUGUACAAAUAUUAUCUGAAAGGAUAAAAAAUAAUUAUGCUAAUUUAUUGAGUAGCGAUAUUAUAAAUAAUCAAACACUUGCAGGCUUUUCAUGGAGUAAAAAUAUUGCAGAUCUAAAUAAACCAUGUUCUCAUGAAUUACACAUUAUAAAUACAAAUGCUGAAAUGAAGCGUAAAUCAAAGACCGAUUCAUGGAGCAUUGAACCAUAUCAACAACGUGAACUCGCUAUGAUUUCUUAUUUAAGUGGAAUUAUUAAUUCCAAUGAAAGUUCCAUAACUACGUCACUCAACAUUAAUGAAGCUGUACCAUACGUUGCACCUUUUACUUCAUUAAGUAUUGCUUUACUUAAAGAACAUGUACCGUCUUCACAUAUAUUAAAUGUAAUCAAUGGUAAUAUGGUUGCUUUGUGUGGUGUGGAUUUGACAAAUGAUAUGUUGCAAGAUGCUGUUCCAUCGAAGCCUCGUAUAUUAACUAGAGCACCUUUGUGCAGUUGCUAUGGCUAUGGAAUAAUUCGUGGGGUUGACACGGAAAAAGAAGAAAUUUACAUAAUCUCUCCAUUGCCAUUGACAAUAAUGCAAUCUGUAAAUUGUUUAGUAGGAUGCAUACCUAUACCUGUAAAUUUAUUACAGUUAAAUCAACCAAAUGUACCGUACGCAGGUGGAAAUGAUGCAUUGCCAACAAGUCGUGAUCCACGUAGAGGAUAUUUCCGUAGGAGAUUUAAGAAGACACGAAUUUCAAGUUAAGUUUUAUUUAAAAAACAAGAAAAUUAUUUUCUUAUUUUUUUAAUUAUUAAUACGUUAACUUAUAAAGACAAAAAAAUAUAUUUGAUAUUAAAUAAUAUAUUCGUUUUACCUGGGAACCGACCGAAACAACAUCCCUAUAUUAAUUUAUCAAGAUAAUUUUAUUUAAAAUGCUUAUUAAUUUUUCCUAGACCAACCCAAUUAUCAAAUUAUUUUUUUUCAACAAAUUCUUUUUAUUUUCAUCUUUUCAAUAUCUUAUAUAUUUCAUUUAUUAUCAACGUGUAAGUUACGGCAUUGAUAAAGUUUACAUUUAAAUCUUUCCCGCCUGAUAUUGGACGACUACUGUAGUCAUGAAAAUAUAUCGAAAAAUUAUCUACCAUAUUUUCUUUUGUAAUUUUCUUUUAGAUAAAUCUUGUAUCUAAAGGCACAUAUCGUUAAUAUCAUCGAAUUUUCAAUUACUUUCUAUCCAUGUUGAUAAACAAAACAAAAAGAAAAUUUAAAAUCUGGAGUGUUACAUAACAAAAUCGGCCUUGAAUCAUAUAUAUAUAUAUAUA